UUCAGGAGCAGCAGCGAAGGCAGGAGAGCACCGAAGAAUGGACAGAACUGCUACUCCGUCGUUAGCGUGAAACACCAGUAACAACAAGCAAGAAACACCGAAAAAAAAAACUCCCAACGCGCCCCAGCCAUUCGUGUCCAGUUGGCGUGACGACUACACGAACGGUGCCGUGGUCGUCUGGUUUCUUCGCGGCGGAGGUCUUACACCUUCCUCUUUCCUGUGACAGAUGUUUAGGCCACAGAUCAGCCUGUCCAAGUUGUAUUAGAGGUGCCAGAUUGACGAUACUAAGUGCUACCCAUUAGCAGUAGCAGCCUUUGUCCCAUGAGCUCCGUGACUGUGCCGUCCAGGCGCUCCCAGUGACCAGGGCUGUGGUGGGCCCGGCCCAGGUGGCCUUUCCAAACAUCCCGCUGACCUGCGCUGCCCACACCAUGGAUCAACAGAGAGAUAAAUAUGGGGAGCGGCCAGCCAGGAGCACUAAGGUUUCCCAGGGGAGUCGUAGCGGACAUCCAUCCCGACCGUCAGGCUCCUCCAGCUCCUCUGGGGUUCUCAUGGUUGGGCCUAAUUUUCGUGUGGGCAAGAAAAUCGGCUGUGGGAACUUUGGUGAAUUGAAGCUUGGUAAAAACCUCUACACCAAUGAGUAUGUAGCCAUUAAACUGGAACCGGUAAAAUCGAGGGCACCACAACUGCAUUUAGAGUACCGGUUCUACAAAACACUGGGAACCACAGCAGAAGGAGUGCCCCAGGUGUUCUACUUUGGCCCCUGUGGGAAGUACAAUGCCAUGGUUCUGGAGCUGCUUGGGCCAAGCCUAGAGGACCUCUUUGACCUUUGCGACAGGACCUUUUCACUGAAGACUGUCUUAAUGAUUGCCAUUCAGUUGAUUUCUCGAAUGGAGUAUGUGCACUCUAAAAACCUCAUCUAUAGGGAUGUAAAGCCUGAAAACUUUCUUAUCGGACGGCAAGGGAAUAAAAAGGAACACAUUAUUCACAUCAUUGACUUUGGCCUGGCCAAAGAAUACAUCGACCCAGAGACCAAAAAACACAUUCCAUACCGGGAGCAUAAGAGCUUGACUGGCACUGCCCGAUACAUGUCCAUUAACACACACUUGGGCAAAGAGCAAAGCCGGCGAGAUGACCUGGAGGCCUUAGGGCACAUGUUCAUGUACUUUCUUCGUGGGAGUCUGCCUUGGCAGGGACUAAAAGCUGACACCCUGAAAGAACGAUACCAAAAGAUUGGAGACACAAAGCGAAACACUCCUAUUGAGGUCCUCUGUGAGAACUUCCCAGAGGAGAUGGCGACCUACCUACGAUAUGUGAGACGGCUGGACUUCUUUGAGAAACCAGACUACGAAUAUCUGAGGACUCUGUUCACUGAACUAUUCGAAAGAAAAGGAUACACCUUCGACUACACCUAUGACUGGGUCGGCAGGCAGAUACCCACACCAGUGGGGUCUGUCCAUAUAGACUCUGGAGCAUCUGCAGUUACACGGGAAAGCCAUGCCCACAGAGACCGGCCCUCACAGCACGCACCCAUAAGAAAUCAGCAGACAGCAGCCUCUGAUCGACGAGGAGCAUGGGAGGUGCAGCCUACUCGCCAAGCAAACUCCUCCUAUCUGACCUCCCACCUGGCAGCGGACAGGCACGGGGGCUCAGUGCAGGUGGUCAGCUCAACCAACGGGGAGCUGAACGCAGACGACCCCCUGGCAGCUCAUUCCAACGCUCCCAUUACAGCUCAGGCAGAGGUGGAAGUGGUCGACGAGGCCAACUGCGUGAAAAUGCUCAACCUGUGGUGCUGCUGCUUCUUCAAGCGAAAACGGAAGAAGAACACGCCGCGGCACAAAUGAUCAUCUAACAGCCUGAAAUGAUCCGGCUCAGUCAAUUGUGAUUUCAGAAAUCAAUAAGGUCCCAUUCAGAGUAAAAGACGGAGACAACUGAAAGAUCUUGAUUAAAUAGUUCUCUGGAGGGGCCAGUGAGAACGGUCGUUACAAUGUACAAGACGCUCGUGUCUUUUAAUGGGAGUCCUUUUUAAAUUUGUUCUUUUUUUCCUCUUUCAACAUGUGUGGGAAUGUUUUGCAGGCCAGUAGGCCCAACGGGGAACUGUUUAGUUGGAAUUUUUCAGAAGAUUUUUUUUUUCCCAGUACACAUUUGCCCUGUGUUUAUAUUUUCCUCGUUUUUGGCUGUUUUUUUUUCUCUUCUGUGCUAAGGAAGAGACAUAUUCUCCUGUGGAAACUCACAGCCUCAAACUCACCUGUUGACAAUUUCUUCAGCUCUUUGUUAGACGCAAAAUCAUAUUUCCGUUUCCCCAUGUGUCAAGUCCCACGUGACAAGUGGUUUUUCCCCUUGUGAGGUUGCUAAUUCAUCUCAACACAAAGCCCUUCUGGUUAUUCCUGACUCCGAACUGAAUGUAAACCUGAACACACGAGGAGCCCAGAGUGUAACAUGAAGAGCAAAGAUCUGCACUUUUUGCUCCCAAAGAGGUCAAUUCCAGUAGGUGUGAGAGAGAGCAGACGACCAGAGACGCCUCCUGCACUGUGUGAUCUCCGACGAUCAUUUCUGCUCACACUGCUCGGUCGAAGCACUCCCCUUAACUUUACCCACGCUGGUGUCAAAACACACUACAGUACUUCUUUACUCAUGCAGUUUUUUGGCUUUGUGAUGAGCAGCAACUUGACACAUGUAAGUGGGGUUCAAAAAAAGAAAAAAGAAAAAAAAUGCUAUUUAUGCUAUUUAUCUCUUUUGUUGGCACCAGUUUUCUUACUAAAACAUACACACUGAAUGUAUGGACAGAAAAGUAAAUGACUCUGGAGCAUUUAUAUACUCUGUCACAGGAAGGAAAUUGAAGUUAAAAAAGCAACACCAAUGUUUAAAAAGGAAAUGAGAGACCAAAUCAAAGCAGAUUUGGGGGUGGGGGAUGUUUGAAUAUGUUCUAAUAAUGUGAUGGUAAAUCGUGGACUUUGGGGGAUGUUGCUACGGAGCAACAAGAGAGAAACUGGCGUGAUGAUGCUUUGGAGAUUGAAUCACAGCCUCUCGUUGCUACUGUCCAAUGCCUUAACCCCAAAUAAUCCGACUGUCCUCCACAUCACGUCACCAGUCGCAAAGUGGAAGCAUGAUGGUUGAGAAAUUUGCAGCGCAGCUUUGGGGUCAUGUGUAGAAAUAAUAAAACCCAAAGUUGUGUUACCCGUUAGUAUAAGUAUAAAUACAACUGUAACACUGAAGAUGUAUUCCCGAGAAAGAGAUGCCAAAUGUUGGGUUUGGUGUAAUAAUCUGUAAAGGUGUUAAACGUUAAACCCUGCCCCUCUAAGGAGCCCGUGCUGCACAGCAGUGUUCAUUGUUGUUGAAAGUGAUGUUAGCAUGAGGGCGAUACAUGAACAUGUCCAUACCAUUUUUUCUCCUUUUUUUUUUUUUUUUUUUAAAUUUUAACUUCAUGUCAUGGAGGACUGCCUUGAAACAAUAUCCUGGUCACCUUGCCUAUCCUCCUUACAGAGUGAACUACAUAUAGGUGUUUUAUUUUUUUAUUUUAAAUCUUGCUAAUGUGAAUUUUUGAAUGCAAAUUUUUGUGUUCCAUUCCAAAUAGCCAUGGUUUUAUGGGGAAAGAGAGGGUAACAAAAAAGCUCGAGACCAUGACUGCACUACAUUUGUUGACCCCGGCUUUCCCUGACGAGACCCUGCCUUCUUGAUACUGUACUUAAACGUGUUUCUCUUACUUUAAUUGUAGCUGCCUCAUGUUCUAGGCCUUCCCUAUAGGGUGCAGGGAAUACACUUUAAAUUGACUUUUACCACAGCCCAUUUCUUAAUUCUAUUUUCUUUUGUGCCAUGACACGCUUCCUCCUGCUUUCUCUGUACAUACAUAGACACAUGCAAGUCCGGGGGAAUGGGCUCAUACUGUGUCUCAAAUCAGAUCCUUGCGUUUGUACCUUGGCACUGACCACUUCCACUGUGUGAAUUUCAACAGGGUAGUGUUGUAUCAAAUCAAACAUGACCUUUUUGUACCGGAUAGAUUCGAUAAUCCCAACAUUUGGAUACAGUUCCCACCCUCUACACUCGAGGCCAGAGGGUUUAGCAGUGAUGCAAUUGACUUUUUGCAUAAUUGUGAUUGACAAUAAUAGUCUUUGAAACUUAGAAAAUGCUGAUAAUUUUUCUUCAGUAUACCUCAGAAACACACAGGAAAGAAACUGAGGCAGCAGAACUUGCAAAAAUUUGUCGCGCAAACCUUUUGGCCAGGACUUUAGAAUAUCUGUAGGACAUCUCCUGACCUCAUAAAUAUAGACGUCACACCUGUCAUAUUGAACUGGUCUGUAUAAACAAAUCUAUAAAUGAGAGCUGCAGUUUUUCUGGAUUUAAACCGUAUAAUUUCAGUGAACUGUUCUUGUGUGCAUGUUUCUGUUUCAUUGUCUUUGUGAGGUAAAAACAUUUCAGAAACAAAACGGGCUACUUUUUUUUCCACCCACACAGAUGAUUAGAAAGUCACUCUGAUCUUUGACAAAUGUAAACAUCAUUCCUUUACAUCUAGAAAAACUCCCCAUUUAUGUUGAUAUAUUUACAGACCAAUAUGGCUGCCCUACGUCUACGGCGGAAACUAUUUUACUUGAGGAUUAACAAAUAUGUCAUCUCAAAUCAACACGGCCCUCAUGCCCCUUCUGGAGAUGUUGAUGACAACAGUCUUUCACAUUUUAAUCUAAAUUAUUCCAAAGGGUUUUAUUACAGAUGUUUUUUCUUUAAAGAUUGCCAAUACUAAAUCACAGCCUGGCCUGUUGCACAGCUCAUAUUCACAUCAUUAUGAUCCGUGAGCUAAUUAAUAUUCAUAUGUUAGCAAAGUUGACGUUACAGUUACCAAACACAACUGAAUGUGUUAAGUAGCUGAAGUACUUGGUGGCGUAACACUAAGAGUGUGGGUCAGUGGGUUCAGUAACUUAGCAUUACCUCGACCAGUUCACAGUGAACUAGUUUGCUCUGUUUUUAUUUUCACAAUUUCAGUGAUUCCUCUUUGAGAAAUGAAAUGUCUUGUUGACCUUUUGGAGUCCAACAUCCUGGUACAUGUGCGUUAAUGGACAGUGGGAACACAUGUACAGAAGCAUCUAAUUUGAGACACAGUGGGAUUGACCGUGUGGUGGACUUGCUCCGUUGUUCGUCUCAGUACCAUGUUGUAAAUGUUGCUGACUUUUCUCAGUGAAUCCGUAUGUUUAACCUGCUCGUUGCGUGUAUUUACACUGUAAAGCUUUUGGUUUUCUUAGUCCUCAUUACUCAUGCCAGUUACUCCGGGGUCUAAGUUAUUGUGUUAUUGAAAGUACUUGAAUAUGAAAUUCUAUGGGACCUUUUCUGGUUUUUUUUGUUUGUUUGUUUUUUUAGAUAUUUCAGUCAUGAUCGUAGUCACACAUAGGAUUGGAGGGGGUGAAUGGGACUAAAGGCUAUUCGAAUGACAGAUGUUCAUUUCAGUGCCUCUUCUUCAUUGUGAGGUUUGUGUGUUCGUCACUUGUGGUGUUCGAUGCUGGCCAGUGUAAAUGACCGGACGCAGUCAGGCCUGUUGAGUUGGAGGUAAAAAAAUAAAAAUGGUUUCACACACUAAAACCUGAAACAUCUACUUUUUGAGUCUCCCCAUAAAGCAUCGGCAGCACCCGGACCAUUACUACCGAAAAGAAAUCUGAAAGUAUUGUGUAGUGUAGUGAGAUGGAUAUCAAGACUAUAUAGCCUUGGACAUCCCCUCUGAAGCCCCCUCCCUCAGUGCCAUUCCUGAGACUACUAGCCCAUGCCUUUACCUGUGCCAGGAAGAUGUGAACAUGAAUGUUUCAACCAUUCCACCUUGUGUCCUUGACAUAAACUGUGUCAUCAUCAUUUAAAAACAAAAAAACACACGGAGCAGCAUGGCUCAAUUCAGUACCAGGAAGUGUUGGAGAUGUCCCAGUGUCGGAAAAAGUGUUUUAUUAGAUCUUUUUUUUAACAACCAAUAACAGGUGUGGGCAGUCUGCUUUGCUUCUUCCUUAAACUGUGGGUUGCCUGGCUUUUAAGCUCAUGGCUGAACUAGUAGAUAAUAGAUAUAUUACUAUGAAAUAUUUCUUUUUUUUUUUUUUUUUUUUUUACUGUCCAGGCCUCGUGUACAGAGCUGCAUACGAGUGCUCUGUAGGUUUUGUAUCUGCAUGGCUUCUGUGGAGACGACACACGUCUCUGGUGAAUUUUCUCAUCCCAUUCAGGUCGGAGAGAAGCUUUGGCUUCCGGUCCUCAUGUAAAAAAAAAAAAAAAAAAAAACUUUUCCACAUCUCCUCACAGCACAUUCCACUUGGGUUCGCAUCAUUUCUGACUAAGUUCUUGUCAGACUUUGCCUUUUUCGUGUCGACUGUUGGAUCGUGUGCGAGUCAUUCCUGUGUCAAAGCUGUGUAAUCAAAGCAAAGGACAGUUCAAGUGUGACUGAAUGGCUUUAGGUCUUUUUGGGUUCUCUGGCACUUUUCCUUGUUGCUGUACUGUAGAAUUGUCUUGGAUUUACUGUAUAUUUUUCUUUGGGGGGAGAAGUUUAGUGAUAUUACUGCAAUAUUGUGAUGAUUAUUUGAAAAUUGUAAAUUGUACAGAGUUCACAAUUGUAGUCUUUAUUCUUUCUGUUGGGAUUCAUUCAUAUAAAAGAUUUUUUCUUUGAUUUUCUUUUUCCCUCAAGAGUGUGGAAGAAAUCAGUUUGUACAGCUCCAAGAGUUUAUCCUCCCCUCAGCGUUGGUUUUUUUUUUCCAGAGCUAUGAUUAAGAGAAAUCUUAAACUGUAUAUAAAUAUUAUUGUGUUGAAAUAUGAAUGUCACUUCAAAAAUGUAUUUGAAUGAGUUAGUCAAGGGCUUCAAGAAUGAAGGACCCACAUUUCCUCUUUUACUGGUUUCAUAUUUUUAAUUUGCAGAAAGGUAAAGGUCCUUUUUAUCUGAGAUGUCUGUUUUUUUUCCUCUUUGGAUUCAUAUAAUACAGUGUCACACAUGAACCUUAUAAAAUCACUUUUUAUUCCCUCCACACCUAAAGGGAAACUCCAGUUUGCACCCUUUUUUAUGUAAAAUAAAAGAACUCUCCACCUUGCA